AUGGCGGCGUGGAGCGGGAGCGGAGCGCGGGUCCGGAGAGGGCGGCAGGGAGCGGGCCCCGGCCAGGGCCAGGCCGGGGACACCGGGCCCGCCGCCGCCUCGCUGUGCGGCGGUUGCCUGAGCCGCGCCAUCCCCGAGGCCGGCCUGGGCCUGGGUUUGGGCCUCGGCCUGGCCUGCCCGCUCUGCCGACACGGCGACACCCCCGGCAGCCGGCCCGCUGCCGCCCUGUGGCAGAGGAGCCGCCGCAAGAAGCAGCGGGACCCGCGGCGGCAGGAGGAGGCGGAGCAGCGGCCGGAGCCGGUGAGCGGGGCGGUGGACGGGGCCUGGGUGGUGGCGGGGUCGUGGGAGGCCGAGCCCGUGUUCCGUGCUCCUCUGGUCUUGAGUAAAGCAGGCGACGUCCGUGAGGAGUUUGAGAACCAACUCCGACAGUACGAGGCAGACGAGAGCUUGAAGGAGGAUGAUGAGACGGUCACGGCAGAAAUAAUUCAGAUCAUUCUGGCCGAAGGGGAGCAGGAGAAGCAACAGCUGGAGAAAAAGAAGUUGACAAUCGCAGAGCAGGUGAAAAGGGACGAGCAGCUGGCGAGGAAAUGGAAUCGAGAAUUUACUGCUGACAACAUGUCUGAUUCGGAGAACGAAGAGCCGGUUAAACGAGUGGCUACCCGGCAAUGGGGGUUAACGGCCAAUGGCAAGCUGAGCUCCAACUGUUCCAGUCACAACACAAGGAUGUUUGGUUCCAGCUCGGAGGAAUCUCGAAGUUGGAGCACACCUGUGGAAAAUAACCAGAUCCGGAAAGCAAUACCUCGCAGUGACGGUGGAACCAAGGUACCUUCGAUGACCCUUGGCACCAACACCCUCAACGUCCUGUCCUCCUCAGAAAACAGCCGCCCCAACUCUGCACCCGACCUCAGCACCGACAAGCGGCUCUUGGCCGACACCUCAGCGUCAGAGCCGGUCAAGUGGGAGCGAUCAACCAGCCCUGACAGCAAUGACAGCAUCUCCGAGGAGCUCAACCACUUCAAGCCCAUCAUCUGUUCACCCUGCACCCCACCCAAGAAGCUGCCGGAUGGCAGGCUCUUGAAGCCCAGGAUCAUCAAGUCAACGCCCCGCAACUUGUACAGCAACCUCCAGAAAGCAGUGACCACCUACGAAGUGAGCCCCAACGUCCUGGAGAAAUGGGGGCAGAUCCUGCAGGAUCGCCACAAGGAGAAGACUGCCUCCAAGGGCACCCUGACCUCCGAGGAAGAAGAGGACGAAGGUGUUGGCCGGCCGGUGCCCGAGUGCGACAUCCCUGAGGUGGAGCCCGCCACUGCCUCGCGCUCCCACAGCUCCCCUGGGUUCGGGCAGGCAGAAUCGCAAGCCUCGCCCCGGCCCAUGGACUGCUCGGACUUUGCCGAGGUUCCGGACUCCGUGCUGGAGGACCUGGAGUGGGAAACGGUGGAGUGCAGCGCCGGGGCAAGCCCCCUCCGGCACCGGGGCGCGGAGCAGAAGGAGAACGGGGCGCACCAGAACCCCAGGCGUCAGACCCCUGCCCACCCCAGGAAGAGAUCCUGCAAGGGCGGCGUCUCCAGCAGCAGCGGGGCGGACUGCCCGUCCUCACGGUCACACCACAGCCGGAAGCGGCACCACAAGACCAAGCACACGGCGGCGGAGGCAAACAAGCGGGCGAAGCUGAGCCCGGCGCAGAGCGCCGGCAAGGUCAACACGGCGCUGCUGACGGACAUGGACCGCGCCCGUCAGGAGGACGAGGAUCGCAAGCUGGCCCACAGGCUGCAGCGGAGGUUUGAUCUGGAGCGGACCACAGUUAAUCGGAAGAAGGGCAGUAAGGACAGCUACCCGCUGCGGACAAAGGUUAUCUCCAACGCCGAGUAGCAGGAGAGGCGUCACUAACCUCCCUCGGCCCUGCCUGUUGCUCCACUCCUCGAUGUGUAGCCACUACAGGAAAAUACAGCCCUGCACCUCACACUUCCCUAAAACCUUUGGUCUUGCUCCUUUGUUACCUGUAAUCUAAUCUGCUGAUCUCCCCCGCGCCCACUCCUGCCCUCGCCCCAGAACAAUCUAAUUCAGUCGCUCAAUGGGUCACGGUGCUGAGUUAACACAUGCCAACCAGGACAAGUAGUUUGAGCACUGGGGCAUUGGCACUUCACAGGUCUUGUACCAGCCAGUAUCCACAGCACAGCCUGUACUUUAUUUUUUUAUAUAUGGGGAACAAUUUCACUUUUUAAAUAUUGUGUACUUCUCUCGGGUCUUCAGCCUUCCAACUGAUGGCAGGAAAAGGCCAGUUGAUCUAUCAAUCCUGUCGCAUCCCAUGACUGGUGAGGCUUCACAACUAAGCCCUUUGCUGUUCGAGUCUGUUGAUGAGGGUGAGGGGUUCGGUUAAUGGGGAGCUGUGCUAUUCUGGCAGCUGUGUGGGAAAGGGUCAUCUCCUGUAUUCCUGUUUUGAGAGGACGAAAGAUCUCAAUCAUUUCCUGAGUUCCAGGAGACCCCCAAAUGUUGGUGGUGCUCCAUGUGGUAUUGGAGCUGUCCUGUGGGGGGUGAGGAGUGCUGAUGUUUUUGUAAACUGACAACAGUGCACCCCUUCCCCACUCCCACCAAAAAAAUAUUUUCUUUAAGGAUUUAGGAUAUCUCUGGCCACUUUGCCUGCCCUGCUCUGAAACUACAGCAUACAAAGGGUUAACUGAAAGCCCACACAGUGCAAUAGAUGGUAGGAGGGAAAUUUGUCCACCUUAGCAUCUCUGUCCUUGGAAAUUCGCUGAAGAUUCAUGCAAUUAUUUUUAAAGUUGUUUAAAAUUAUUUACUUGCCACAAGUUCCUCUGGACCUCCUGACCAGGUCUGGCUUGGUACAGUUCCCCUCUUCUGUGCUGUCUAAUACUUUUUCAGCUGAGAAAUCUUAAAUAGUUAUCGGAUGUUAGUUCAGCAGGGUACCUUAUUCUGAACUAUUUUUUAAAUGUGCCGCCUUGGUUAAUCCUGCAGAUAUAGCAAUGCAGUGUGUAUCAAACUGGGGCACCAACGAUAUAAUCUCUGGGCUUGGACACCUCAAUUUUACUCAUAGUUCUACAACACAGAAAUAGGCCCUUCGGCCCACCGAGUCCGUGCCGACCGUCAACCAUGCAUUUACACUAAUUCCUUUUUCUUCUCCCCACAUUCCCAUCAACUCCCCCCAGAUUCUACCAUUCAUGCUAGGGGCAAUUCACAGUGACCAAUUAACCUACCAACCGUCUUUGGGAUGUGGGAGGAAGCCAGAGCACUUGGGGAAACCCAUAGGGGGAACGUGCAAACUCCACGCAGGCAGCACCAGAGGUCGGGAUUGAACCCGGGUCUCUGGAGCCGUGAGGCGGCGGCCCUACCAGCUGCACUACUGUACCAUCUUAUUUAUUGCCAGUACUUGAUCCCAGCUCAUGCCUGAUGCACCUUAACAGGCUCCUUGCUCUCUCCACCUUCACCAAUUCAAGAGCUCCACUUGUAAAAUAACCAGAUGGCCUUGGAAAGCGGAACAACUGCCUUUCCCUCCAAUCCCAGUCCUGAAGCUGUGUAUCAGGGAUGGGCUUGGACAAGGACCUCAGAGCGGUGAGCACAGAAUUGCAGUGUCCGCUGCUCUGCGUUGGGUCAGAUGUUCCAUCUUUCUGCUGCCCCAUGCAAUGUUGGCUUUUUUUAAAAUCAGUUUUGGCACCAUUGGUAAUUAGGCAGCCUUACACUCUGAACCACCAGCACUGAACAUUGGCUGUCCUAGUGUGGGAGAUGAACAGAGCAGGUUCUGUCAGUUUGUGAUCCUAGAACAAGAUGAAGCACUGAGCUGAGUGCCUCAGGAACCAGAUACAUGAGAGGAACCCAGAUCUUCAGACUGCUCCUGCUUACCCCCACUGUACUGUGUACAUGAGUGGUAUACUAAUGGGGAGGCUUGGAGCCCUGGAGGGUGGGAGCAAGUAUUGGUACUUUAAUUCAGUGAGAUUUCAUGGAACUUACAGUGCAAGAACUACUGCUUUCUGUCCCUAUUCAUGGAUUUAUCUGCCUCUUGCAUACAAGUCUUGUUUAUACCUGGUAUUUACAGUAAUGUUAGGUCCAUAAUUUAAAUUCUGUCAAUUUGAGCUACUUGUUUCCUGUAUUGGCUUCUGCACUGGAUUGGAAAUUGCAGACAAGGGCUAAUAUUUUUAUCUAACAUUGUGGAAGAUAUUAAGAUUUUUCUGUAUGAAAGCAGUAUGGGACUAAUGAAACCAGAGAAUAUUUUAUUAGUUCACUUUAUACUAAACCCAGUAAAGCACUUGGACUCCUCCAACCCCAUUGAAAUUCUUUAAAGGAAAAAUAUUUGCCAAAGAUUUAUGUAAAAAAAAAUUAAGCAAGGCAGCCUGUAGAAGAAUUUUCAGGAAAGCAGAACUUCAGUCUCAAAACUGACAUUUGCACAGAAUGGAAUUUUGAGCUGAGACUUAGUGCCAAAAAGGAGUUGGUUCGAGGGAUUGUAUAUAAAGAGAGACUUAUUCUGGACUUUCUGGUUUACUUUUCCUGGUGUCUGCCUCUGUUGUUCUUCACUUCGCACCCUGUAUGUAGGUUGGAAGUUGAUGUAAAGGCCCCUGGAGGUUAACUGUUGCAUCUGUCAGACGGCACUGCAAUCAUAACCAGAUGGGCAAAGAACGUGUCCUUAGCAAAUAAUUAGAGUGCAGAUCAUGGUGGCUCUACUGUAACUGAGCUUACUUCCAGUGCAUAAAGUUAUUAAAUUGAUGGUUUAGUGCACAGUAAUGAGAUGGCUGGCCAGAGGGGCGUGCUUGAAACACAACUCCAGGCCACCAGCUUGAAUCACAGUGUUCCUGUCCUGGAUGCAGUGAGUUGGGUCACAAUACUUGUGUCUUUAACAUCAGUGUUUUAUCACCACUGUUUGAAUCAUGUGAAUGGGAAAAUCUAGACCAAAGUUUGCACUGGUAGGGGGCUCCUCUUUGAAGAUGGUGAAAUGGGCUGUGUUCGGAAGGGUGUCAGUGAGCAGCUCUCUCUUCCCCAGUCAGAAGUUCAUGGUUUGUCUCAUACUCCAGAGACUGCACGUAAUCCAGACUGAAAGAAUGCUGUCUUCUGAAUGAGAUAUUAAACCUGUCCAGUGAGUUCUGUGUUCAAUUGAUCAGGGAGUUCCUAUCUAGGAUUCCUUUUGACCCCCAAUACAGAUUAAUUUAACCUAUAAUAAUCUGCUGUGAAGGACUGUUGCCUUGUCUACAUAAACUAACUGCACUUUAAAAGUCUUGGACGUUUUUUUAUUAAAUCUUGAGAUGCAACAAGUGCUUGAGAAAUGCAAAGCAGCUGGAGGCAUGGCCACCAGCGGUGAAACUGGGGGAUGCUGAAGGCAUCAGAAGUAGGUUGCGAUUUUUGUUACUGGAGUUCAGCGA